AUGCCCGUGGAGACCUUCAUCGACAUCACGGAGAAGGAGCAGUGCGAGGAGCUGCGCGAGUACAUGCUGGCGCUGGGCGCCGCCAUUCCGCCCAAUCCCACCGACUCCUACCUGACCGACCUCUCUCAGAUCAUCAGCGUCUGCGACAUCGUCUUCAAGAACGUCGAGCGCGAGGCCGAGGUGGAGAUGGUCCUCAACAGCAUCGUCUCGGUGCUCAUCUUCGAGGGCACCUCCAACAACUCGGAGGCCUGCUCCGCCCUCGUGGCCAGCUUCUGCGACCAGCUGGCGAAGACGAGCCACCAGAAGAUGGCGGCGAUCAACUUUCGCGUCCUGCAGAACCUCUUCAACGGGCUAACAAACAAUGCGGCGAUGCGCUUCCGCGUCUGCAACACCAUCGUCAAGCUGAGCGCCGUCAGCGGGCAGAUGCGCCAGGUGGUGAACAACCUCGGCCAGCUGAAGAAGUGGUUCCCCGUGGAGGUGCUCGGCGCGGAGAAGAUCCAGUCCCUCCUCCGCCUUCUCCACUCCAUCCUCAUGGAGCACCGGCAGCCGGAGCUGGCGCACAAGGUCAUGGUCGAGCUGCUCACCACGUACACCGACGAGAAUGCGAGCCAGGCGCGCGAGGACGCCCGCAAGUGCAUCGUGGCGGCCAUCGCCGACCCGCACACCUUCCUCAUGGACUACCUGCUCGCCCUGAAGCCGGUGAAGUUCCUCGAGGGCGAGCCGAUCCACGAGCUGCUCACCAUCUUUGUCACCGAGAACCUGGCCGCGUAUCUGGAGUUUGCGAAGGUGAACGCCAACCAGAUCGAGACGCUGGCGCUGUCACACGAGGCAAAUCUGCAGAAGAUGCGCCUGCUCACCUUCAUGCAGAUGGCGGAGACGAAGAAGGAGCUGCCCUAUGCGGACAUUCAGAAGGAGCUGCAGCUGGCCGCCGAGCAGGUGGAGCUCUUUGUCAUCGAGGUGCUGAAGACGAAGCUGGUGAAGGCGCACAUUGACCAGGCGAACCGGCGCGUGGUGGUCAGCUGCACCAUGCACCGCACCUUUGGCCGGGCGCAGUGGAGCCAGCUGCGCGACACGCUGAACAAGUGCGACCGCAACAUGGCCAGCGUCCAGCAGACGCUCUACAAGGCGGUCGAGAUGUCAUAA